CAUGACAACCCCUCCCCCCCGCCACUUCCCUGGAGUACGUAGCAUUUGCAGACCCUCUCCUGUCUUGGAGACUGGCUCAGAACCAGGGUGGGGAGGACCAAUGACUUCAAGCCCUCUGGACUGUUGCUGGGAGAUGUCUCCAUGGAAGCCAUUUAUCUGGAAUUCUUCACAUUGUCAGAAUCCUUGGGAAGAGUCUCGUCAAAAACAAAGCCCCUCCCCCACAGCAUGGCUGAGGCCAGGCACAGGUUUCCCAGGAAACGGGAAGAAGGAAAGGAAAGUGCUGAGGCCAGACUGGCUGGACUGAUAGCUAGAGCUGGCUGAAAACUGCCCAAGGGAAGCCCAAGUCCUGGAGGUGGUUGGAAGCGGUGCUGGCCUCCUCCAGCCCCCCAGGCUUACCUCAGCCUGCCCAGUCUGAGGCCCACAGCAGAGACCCCUGGAAGGGCUACCCUCAGUGUCCUCGUCACCCUGCCCCUCUUGGAAUCCAUCAUGGGAAACUGGGCCUCGAGGCUAGGCUGCCUGGGGGAAAGGAGAAGUGGCUUGAGGGCUGGGUCCAAGGCCCAAGAGGACUCCUCCCCAUCUGCAGACCUCCAAGGCCUGCACCCACCAGGAGUCUCUUGGGCCUGGUGGGGUACCCGUGCCAUACAGGUGACAGAAGUGACAGAGACAGUGGUGACAGAGACUGUGGUGACAGAGGCUGUAGAGGUGGGGCCUGGCCAGCAAGGAAAGCAGUUAACCGAGGUGCCCCCUGAGCUCCUGAAUACUCUGCAAAGCUGGCUGGAUGGUAUGGAGGAGCUGCAGGCCUCCCAGGGGCCCCUGGCUGCUGAUGCCGUUGUGGCUGCUGCCCAGUUACAGGAGCAGGAGCUGCUCCAGCACCUGCUGGAGGAGCGGGCACCACAGGUAGAGCCAAGGCUGCAGGAGGUGGGGAGCCCGGCAAAGCUGUGCGCACAGUGGCACCACUUGGUGCAGUGGGCAGAGACCAGGUUGAGGCUGCUGCAGCAGGUUGUCCCAGCAGCACAAAGCUUUGAUGCAGCCCGUGAGACCCUACUGGCACGGCUGGGCCCCGGUGAGCAGCUCCUGGUUGAGCUGGAAGAGGGCCAACUGGGACCCAAGGGCCAGGAGAGGGUCAUGCAAUGCUUGCAGCACGUGUGCGAGGAAGCUACAGCAUGUGCCAAGGACCUGGGGAGGGCACUAGAGACUGGUCAGAGACUGGCAGAGCUGCUUGCAGAGGAUGAAGCUCGGCUUGUAAACCAACAGCUGGAGGGACUCCGGGAGUGUGUGAAGCUGACUGUGUCUGGUGCUGCCCGCGUUUGGCAGAUGCUACUAUGUGCCCAGAAGAUAGGGUCCUGUGAGCUUUUACCCCCAACAGGCCUAGAGGCUCAGCUUGAUCUGGAGGAGGUAACCUCAGAGGGUCCAGGGCUCAAAGACCAGGAGGAAGUAUGUAUCCCCUUGCCCCCAAUCCCCAGAAGAGGGCCCUACCAUCCCCUUCCCACUUUGGGGGUUGCAGUCCUCCACCCUGGGGAGCGGGGAUGUCUCAGAGUCCAUCCUCAGGGGCUCUCUGUCCCCAGCUGGGAUGCCUGGAACAAUGCUUGUCUCUUCCCCCAGCUGAGUGUCCAACUGGCCCAGCUAGCAGAGUGGCUUGAGCAGCUGGCAUCACAAGUAGAGGUCCCUGGCCAGGAAGCAACAUCCAUGGUACCCAUCCAGGAGCAGUGCCUCCCACCAAGUACCCUGGGGCCUUCAAUGGUACAGCCAGGCCUGUCAAAAACUAGGAGGGAUGCUGGGCAGAAGGCCACAUGGGAGCCAGCCCAAUGGAUUCCAUGUGGCCUCGCAGAGCAGGCAGCCAUUGAAAAGGAACUGAAGUCAGAGGGUGGCUGGGUCCCAGCCUUACACCUGGAGGAGAGCAGGCAGGUCACCAGGCUACUCUGCCGGCAGGAAUUCUCAUGGGGACAGCAGACCCUAGCGGUAUCUUGGCCAUGGAGGGGCCCAGCAUGGCGAGGAGGGAUCAACUUCGAGGGCACCUGCCACUUGAGUCUGCUGAUGAACCUGCCAGGCAGCCAGGCUGCCAUGUUCUGCCCUCCCAGGGAGAGGUCAGCUUGCAGCUCGGUGGUCCCCAUCUACUCCCCCGGUCCUCCAUUCAGCCCACAUCUGCCACAUCUCCUCUCCAGGUCUCUCAACCUGGAAGGGACGCUGCUGAUCAUAGGUCACCUCUUAGAGGAGCUUCUCACAUGUCCACAUGGACUGAACCAGGCUGAGCCCCUCAGGACCAAGGUGGGGCCUAUGACCAGAAACUCCCACCUGCACAGUUACUUUAUGGAGCAGCCCAGGGUCAGCAUUAUGCACUGCUCUCAGGUGGCACAUGCCCAGGGCUGGAGGAUGAAGGUGCUUCCUGCAGUCCUGGGGGAUGAUAGGCUGAAGCCCUGGACUCCAGCCCCAGUGCAGGUGCUAGCUCAGAGGGACCCUGACCAGGCUGGCCUCCCAGGGGUGUCCCUAGAAGAGCUGAGCUGGAGGCUGCCAUGGGCAGAGGCCACCAAGGGGAGCUGGAACCACAGGAAUCCAGAGACCAGAGAGAGGAAUUGGCGAGACAAAGAUCACCUGGAGCAGCAGGAUCUCACAGACAAUGUGUUGGCAUCUGGUGAGCAAGGAGAGGAUGGACUGGGCUGCCUGGCUACCUAUGGGGGACAUGAGACCACAUCACAGUGCAUCACCAUGCUGGGGUCAGAGCUCCCUAACAGCCAGCAGCCACUGCCACAUUGCAUGGCCAGAGCAGGGGACACAGGAACAGGUUGCCAGAGAUGGGUCCAUGGUCCAGGGAGCCUUGGUGAACAGGUGGCUCGGGGUACCCUGAUGGUUCGUGUUGGAGGAGGCUGGGUGGCUCUGGAUGAAUUUCUAGUCAAGAAUGACCCAGACCGAGCAAAGGGGAGGACCAGCCAUAAGAUCCAUGAGAGGUUCCAGUGCUGGGCCAGAGCUCAGAAGAGCAGGAGGGUGAAGAAUAUCAUCACCUUAAGUCUCUGGGCCUCCAUCCCCAGUGCCUCCAGCAGACCUCUGCCUCGGAAGAGCUGCCAACCUGCUCAGCAUAUAGAAACCCCCAGCCUUUCCAAGGUCAAGGCCACUGAUGGGGUCCAAGGAGCAAAUUCCCAGAGGACAGCAGGACCCAGCAGACACUGGACAGAAAGCAGUGUGUGGAAUCAUCCUCAGGGGGCUGAGCAGGACCCAAAGGCCAAGGACUGGAUGAGGAGUGGCUGGGGACAGCUAACCUCAGUGUGCCUGGCUUGUGCCUACUCUCGGCAAUAAAAGGCAAUAAAGUCGCGUUUGGAGAACCGAAACUGGAGCUCCGAAGUUCCACAUUUCCCUUGCAAACUCCCCACAAAGGCAGUUGGAGCAGGCACAGGUCGCUCUGUGACCCACCCUCGCGUCCUCGCCCCGCAUUCCUCCACGGUGACUUGAAGUGGGAGGGUCCGGGCAGGGUCCCCUCACUCCGCGGCCCCUCCCCACCCAGGGGUGUUCACCGGCUGCCCAGCUAGCCCCAGGUUCCGGAACAGGCACCAGCUGCCCCACCUGACCGCCACC